CCCUUCUAGGUUUGGAUACAAAUUUAUCAUCCUCGUUUUCUUCUUCUUCAUAUUCUUUUGAAUAGUAAUGCUUUGUUAGUUUUCCUGUUGUUAUUUGCGUUAAUUUCCUUCUCUUUCUUCUCCGGCGCCAUCAACUUGGCGGUUACUCCUUCGCCUCUCUUCUCCCCUCACCCUCAGUUGUGGUGCAGAGAACAACCACCUUUAUCGUGGCUUUGAGUUUAAACUUUAGAGUGUCAAACUUAGCUUCAGACUUUGAGCUUAGCAAUGACUUCCUUCAUUGGCAAGCUCUCCUCACUUCCCCUCUCUCUCCCCCUCUCCAUUCGUUCUUCUUCAUCCAAAGAAGAUGUGACACUCAGAGAGGACUGGAGGAAAAGGUCAAGGCCCAUUGCACCAGGUGGCACUUACCCAGCGAAAGAUCAUUGCAGUAGUUGCGGCUUGUGUGACACAUAUUAUAUUGCACAUGUCAAGAAUGCAUGCGCUUUCUUGGGAGAUGGAAUGUCUAGGAUUGAAAGAUUGGAACCUGUUGUUCAUGGUAGAGGGAGAAAAACUGAUACCUUAGAUGAAACCUACUUAGGGGUCCAUGAGGAGCUGUUAUAUGCUCGAAAACUUAACCCUGUGGAAGGAGCUCAAUGGACUGGGAUAGUGACAACCAUUGCAAUAGAAAUGCUUAAAUCAGGCAUGGUUGAAGCCGUCAUUUGUGUACAGAGUGAUCCUGAUGACAGAUUCACUCCAAGACCUGUUUUAGCAAGGACACCAGAUGAGGUGUUGGCUGCUAAAGGUGUCAAGCCAACAUUAUCACCUAACCUCAAUACCCUUGCUCUUGUUGAGGCUGCAGGUGUCAAACGUCUUCUUUUCUGUGGUGUAGGCUGCCAGGUGCAAGCAUUAAGAUCGGUUGAGCACCACUUGAAUUUGGAUAAGCUCUAUGUUUUAGGCACGAAUUGUGUGGACAACGGAACUAGAGGAGGACUAGAUAAGUUUCUAAAGGCUGCAAGUGAAACACCUGAAACCGUUCUCCAUUAUGAGUUCAUGCAAGAUUACAAGGUUCACUUGAAGCAUCUGGAUGGUCACAUUGAAGAGGUUCCGUAUUUCUGUCUACCAGCAAAUGACUUGGUUGAUGUUAUUGCCCCAUCUUGCUAUAGUUGUUUUGACUAUACAAAUGCUUUAGCUGAUUUAGUAGUUGGAUAUAUGGGUGUCCCAAAGUAUUCUGGAAUUAGCAUGACACAACAUCCACAAUAUGUUACAGUCAGGAAUGAACGAGGUAGAGAAAUGCUGCGGCUUGUAGAGAACUUAUUAGAGAUUCGUCCAACAACUAGUGCUGGAGAUCGUAGACCAUUUGUUAUGGAGACUGUUAAGGCUGACGAUAAUGCUAAGUUAGGAAGAGGUCCUUCUCAGCCGGCUCCCAAAUUCAUUGGAAACUUGCUCGCUUUUAUACUAAACUUGAUUGGUCCAAAGGGUCUGGAAUUUGCACGCUAUUCACUUGAUUACCAUACCAUCCGCAACUAUCUGCAUGUAAAUCGAAUGUGGGGAAAAGAAAGAGCUGACAGGCAUAUGCCUGGAUAUGCAAAGAAAAUUGUGGAUCUGUACAACCAAAAUGGUCAAAUUGAGGAGAUGCUUGGCAACAAGUGAUUCUAAACGAUUUAUAUAUAUGUUCGAUUCAGUGGCAUAAAUACUUCCAAAGGUGCACUGAUCAUAAGUUUUCCUUAAUUUGGACCAAGGAUGAGCACAUUAUACUGUCACACCCAUACCAAAUUGCAGAUUCAAAAGUGACUUGGUCUAGAUGGUUAGUAACUAGUAAGUGUUGAAUAAUAUGGCAAAAAUUAAUGUGGGUCUAGCAUAGAUUGUUCAAUAAAUGUGAAAGACGUGAUACUCAAACUUUCCGAUGACAACAAUUCUUAUUUUUGAGCCAUGGUUCAUCUUUAUAAUUGUCAUUAGUAAAAUGUAGGAUGAAUUUGCUGUAUUUUGUUGCUUUGUGGCAUAUUAUUGAAGCACAAUUAACACUUUACCAGAAUUCUCCAAAUUAGAUUUGCAUUUA